AUGGACUAUCAAUUCUUUACACAGAAUAAUAACUGCUAUUACACAAUUCAUCAAACUAGUUACGAUAAAUCCAUUUUCUGUUUAUUUUCGGAUUCAAAAAAUUUUGAUAGUUUGAUGCCUGAAGCAUUUCUCUGGUGGAAUGCUGUCGUAAAUUACGAAGAAAAUCUAGAUACUCCUCCAGAAAGACCAGGCAUUACUGAGAUGAAUAUUAUAUGGCAGGAAUUAUCUCCGAUUUUUCAUACUCAUUGUAAUGAAGGCGAAUCCGAAGAAAUGUACUGGGAAGAUGUUUACAAAUGCCUUUGCACGUUAGCAGACAAUCAAAAUGUUGGUGACCCAAGAACAGAUUUCUCAGCUUUUGUUGAGAGCUUGUACUCUUAUAGAAAUUUAAUAAAAAUCACUGACUUAGAUGGCGCAAUAUACUACGCACAACGCUUUUGUCCCAAAGAAAAUUCUAAUUUCUUUGUUCACGAAUUUCUUUUUGCUGUUUCUGAUCCAUUUUUAACCGUAGAAGCAAUAGACAAGCUUAACUCUUUAAAUAUCGAACCAUGGAAAUCAUACAUUCAGCAACCAGGCGCAAUUGAACGUAUAUUUGACUUAUUUAUUACAUUUCUUCAACCAGCUAACAGAACAGUUGAAAAUGAGUAUGAAAGCUUCAGAGUAAUGCUUGCAAAUCUCAUGACAACAUUAAUUUGCGAAUCAAAUAACGAAGUCUUCAGAAAACAACAAUAUGCGGCAAGUUUAUACUCCAGAUUACUUAACCUGAUUAUUUACUCUCAAACAGAUGCAUCUGUUUCAUUUGCUCGUUGCGCAAUUCAACUGAAUAAGAAAUUUCUCAAAGAAUAUGAUGCAGAUGAAAGAGCUAAACGUAUUGUAGCACUUUUAAAUGCAUCAACAUCAAACAAACUAUCGCAUGCAAUGACUACUUUAUUUGCUGUUUCGCAAGGUUCAAUAACUAUACCAAAUUACAUCUUGGCACAGCAACUCUCGAAGAAUAUACAGACAGAAUUCGAUUUGAAUACGGUUGUUUCUAUAAACAGAACAGGAAAAGAAGCAAAAUUUAUUGUUAUGCGUUCUGUUGCACAAACAAUGGUCCAAAGCAAGCUUUUGAUGAGGUUGGCUGCAAAGUAUUUAGUAGAAAUAAUGAGUUCACUCGAAGAUCAAGAUUUAAUUGAAUGGAUUCAAAAAUUCUUUUUGUUAAUUUUCGUUUACAUCAAGAUUGCAUCGAAGAAAGAGAAGUACAUCAGAAGAUUAUUGAUGCUAUGCGAGAUCAUUUCAACAGAACAGUUCUUAUCCGCAACUUUUGCUAAAAAAAUCAUUUUACCAUGCGCCAACACGUGUUACCUCAAAGGCGGAUGCGAUUUCUUAACAUAUUACUUCCCAUUGGGAUCGGAUCUACCCCAAUCUAAUACUUAUUCCAGAGAGUUGUCUCGGUACGAGAAAAUGCGUUUUAAAUUAAAAACAUUUCCAUUCAAAAACAACUCAAACAUGCUUGUCGAAGGAUCUCGUAAUAGAAAGAACUCAAAUGGCGAGGUUCCUUUGGAGAUGAGAGCUAUUAUAAACGAUUUUGCAGAUUUAGGAAUUUCUGAACGAGCAAAACCCUAUUUAUAUCGCAGAUCCAAACUCUCCGUCAUAGACCAGCAGAAUACCAUCUUUACUCUUGAAGAUUUUAUUGAUCAAAACAAAUCAAAAGCGGAAAAGAUCAAAAACAAAUCGCGCCAUAAGAGAAGCAGCGUAAAUCCAGAUCUUUUCACUACAGAAGGCAUUCUCCCUAUCACAGGAUUGCGUUCCUGCAUGUACGCAAACGAAGCUCAAUUAUAUGACUUCCAAUACAAGAUUUUAAUGGAUUUUACCAACAUAGCCCAUGAACUCAUCAGUGUACUGAAACAGUUACCAGGUUUAAACGCCGAUAUACGCCUUCUCCAGUACGAUAUGCAGCAUUUCGGAUUAGAAGACAAUUAUUACAAAUCACUGAAAGACCAGAGAGCACAGCUGAGGAAACUGAUACCGAUAUACUCCAGGAAGUACACUGCUCCUAAGUACAUCGAAGAGAUUUUCGGUGUUUUGUCUCAAGGCGGCGUAAAAUUCGACCAAAACCUUCAGUACGCGCCUCCAAACGAGCUAGACACCGUCCUUGUCGAGUACAUACAGAGGAGCUCCUACAAAGAGAUCAUGAAUGCCACCGCGAUGAUCAUUGAAGACGGAACACUCGAUGGAGCUGUUUCGACAAUUUGGGAAUUGAAUAAUUCUAUCAUUGAAGACUUAAAGAUGACAUUUAACCAGAACGCAAUGAUCCUCUACAUGUCCCUUAUCAGAGCCAUCUUCGACAACGCGUACGCAUUGAAUCCAAGACCUCAUUUGAACAGGUACUCAAAAGCCAACAAAGAAUUCUUAGAAAAAGCUCGAAAAUUCAUAGAACAACCGAUUUCUCUUCUCAAUUUGAGCGAAACCAUUGUUGGAGCUAAAAGAGUGAACCAGCCAAUAUACUCUUUGAUGCUCAGCUCAAAGUAUUCCUUCGAGCAUAUCCAGUUCUUAACAAAUCCAAUUGAUAUUUUAUAUCAAAUUCAUCUUCAGUGCCAACAGCUGUUUCAGCUGUCAUCAACAGGAACUCUCUCGCCUCCUGAUCAUCAGAUGCUCAUUUUGGCUCUUGUUGCUUCGACUCCGCCGUCAAAUGCAGUAAGUAUUGCAAUUUUCCUAGAAAAAUGGGGAAACUUGUUUUCAAAUGCUACUCUUUCGAAGUCAAAGCGUAUGUUUAUUGAUGCGGUUUCAGGAAUCAUCAAUAUUGUAAAAAUUACAGACGAUUCUUAA